UUUAUUGUAUUUUGUAUUAUUAUAUUAGAAAUUUGAAAUCAUUCAGCUAAGAUUAAGGAUUAUAAAAAAUUAAAAAUGUAUUUUUCCCUCUUUUUUUACUGUUAAUCCAAAGAGAUAAUCAUCAGUGUUAACGUUGCGAUAAAUUUAACAUUAUUGAACAAUUCCUUUUUAUUUAUAUACAUUUAAAAAAGAUGGGAAAGAAACGAAAUAUUCAACCUCUACCGGUUACUCCAAGUCGUGUUAAAGUAGAAAUAAAAGAUGAAAUAGGAGACAGUGAUGUUCUUGUUGCAAGAGAUAGAUUAAAAGGAGCUCUACGAGAACUAUUGCAGCAUAGUGAUACCGGUUCAUCUGCAGAUUCCAGCGAAGAAAGUUCUGCUCAUGAUUAUAGGCACCAUAUGAGAAAAAUAGACAACAUGUACAGGACAAAGUCAAUCCAUUUUCAACAACCAAGAAAAAUAAGGCGGCGUAGACAAGUACAAAUGGAUACAGCAUUUCAUCAUACAUAUGUGAUGAAACUUUUCGAUCGUAGUGUAGAUUUAGCUCAGUUUCAAGAGGAUACACCAUUAUAUCCCAUUUGUAGAGCCUGGAUGGCUAAUCAACCAAGAAAUCCAAAUCUUAUACCAAAAGUACGUAGUCCUAGUCCUGAAAUAGUUAGUGAAAUUAAUAAUCAACAUAAUAACAUAUUAGAUGCAAAUGGAGAAAUACGAGAUGUUCAUUAUUUACCACCUCCUCUUCCUUGCGAAGAGGCAAUGCCAAGAAACCGUAUACCAUCUCCAAUAAUUCCUGAAACUGAAGAGCUAAAGUUAGAUUAUGAUGGACAAUCUCUCAAAUCACGAGAAGUAUUAUUAAGAGAACACAGAGUACAUUGGAAUGCUGUUCGUAAAAAGUGGCAUCAACAGGCGCAUAAAAAUGAACAACGUUAUGCACAAGGCCAACAUAUACUCAGUACUAUAUUUAAAAGGGCACAAUCAGAAUUUGAAUAAUAAACAGCUAAACCAUGCAUUAGUAUCUAUCAUUUAUAUAAAUAUUCAUAAUAUUUGGAAGCAAAGUAUAUCUGCAACAUUAAAUGAAUCCUAUUAUUAAAAUAAUUGUAUUUUUUCUUUAUAUAAAUAUAUUUUUAUCACAACGUA